GUGGAGUGGUUGGUUCAAAGAUGUCAGGUCGCUGAAGGAUGACGGCCUCACCGGCUCUGCUUGGGGCGACUGGGCCAACUACGCCGAUUCGCCCUUGAGGGCCUUUGAAGGCGAGUUGGGCGUGCAGCCACCUGUGGGCUUUUGGGACCCCUUGGGCCUCUCCUCGGACGGCGAUGUGGAAGUCUUCAAGCGACGUCGUGAGGUGGAGCUGAAGCACGGACGUAUCUCCAUGUACGCCUGCCUCCGAUAUAUUGUGCCGGAGUACUUCCGAUUCCCUGGAGUUCUUCGGCGGCAGCCCAGCCUCGGGUUUACGGUCAACUCGGCCGAUCUCGGUGACCUCUCUCCCAAGCUGGGCCUGAGCUUCGAGUCCAUCCCAAAUGGCCUGGCUGCCUUGACCAAGGUCCCAGGACAGGGCUGGGCGCAGAUCGUGGCAUUUUUGGGCACCUACGAGCUCUUCAUCAACAAACCCGUUGGCGAUGAGCCUGGAAAUUAUGGCAAAGGCAACCUCGGCCUCGGCUUCUUGGGCCCCGUGAAAGACCCGGAGGAGGCACCAAUGAUAGUUGCUUCAUCUGGAUUGGCCACCACGUGCUUCAGCUUGGGCCAACUGAACGAUCGCGAAGCCGUGAUCUUCUCGUCUCAGUUGGUGACAGAUCGUGCGGUUGCAUUGUGCCUCGCCAUGCCGCGUAUUUCUUAUCCGCUUCCUGCUGGAAUUGGCAGCUUUGGAGAGUUUUGGCCCUACUAUUGCAGAGAGCAUAGUCUGCGUGCCAACCGAUGGCUACACUUUUGCGGCAGCCUCACAGGUUUGUUCCUCUUCUUCCACACCUUGUUUACCAGUGCAGAUAAGCGUCGUUUGCCCCUCUGUCCUUUGAUUGGAUACGGUUGUGCUUGGAUUGGGCAUUUCUUUGUGGAGCAGAACAAGCCUGCAAGCUUCAAGUACCCAUUGUAUUCCUUCACAGGUGACUGGGUCAUGGUGUGGAUGAUGUUGCUGGGUAAGAUGGAUGCAGAAGUGAAACUUGCUCACAAGAAGUUGGGCACAACACCACCUGAAUCGUGA